UCUAAAUCCUAUAAGCAGCCACAUUCCUAAAUCCUACCUAUUAUCAAUUUUAUAUAAAAAAAAAAUUACUUUUUGCCACCUUAUGUAUUUUUUAUUACACAGAAACCCCUAUAAAAACCCACUCACACUUCACCUCAAGUCCAUCUUCAACUUCACACACAAUACUUACUAACUAUUUUCAUAUUCAUCUUUUUUCAUUCAUAUUUUUCAAACAUGUCUGGUGUUUGGGUAUUCAAGAAUGGAGUAGUGAGGCUAGUUGAGAACCCUGGUGACUUCCACGGUGCGACGGGACGUCGUAAAGUGCUUGUACACCUUUCUAGUAAUGAAGUAAUAACAUCAUAUGCAUCUCUUGAGAGGAAUUUGUACUCUCUUGGAUGGGAGAGAUACUAUGAUGAUCCCGACCUUCUUCAAUUCCACAAAAGAUCAACUGUUCAUCUUAUUUCUCUACCAAAGGAUUUCAAUAGAUUCAAGUCCAUGCAUAUGUAUGAUAUUGUUGUUAAGAAUCGUAAUGAGUUUGAAGUUAGGGACAUGUAGUAAUAAUUAAUUAAUUUGAGAUAAUUACUCAAAUUAAUCUUGUUUCUUGUUUUAACUUAAGCUUUAAUUUGGUUUGUGUAAUUUAGGUCAAAGGGGGUGUUUUAAUUUCUUUAGGGUGAGGAAACUAAUUUUGUUUAAGUGGGGUUCUUUGUUGUAAUUUUAAUGUUAUAAAAUCGUGUGUAAGAGUGAUGUUUUAUGGCAAUGAAAACUUGGUUUGGCUUGUAA